UCAAGAACCGUCUUGGCUCGAGCUGCCGGCGCGCAGACAGGGGCGCGCCGAUCGUGCCGGGAUGCCCUCGAGCUGAAUGCCCCCUGGCGAGACCGCCUACAGCGAGGGGCUGCUGUUGUUGGGGCGCGCUGACCGCAGUGCGUAAUCGAGGGACGACGACAAGAUGGCGCAGGCUCCGCUGGCGGAGCUGGAGGUGGCGGGCGCCAAGCUCACGCUCUACAGGUACGACGGCGUCCAGUAGGCCAUCCGCAGCCUUCUCGAGAAGGGCGUCGCGGAGAAGGACGACGAGCCGCAGCAGCAGCCCGCGCCCGAGCAGAAGGGCGGGGCCCAGCACUUUUCCAUCGCGGAGGAGCCGUGCUGCAGCCUGCUGGGGGAGGAGGGUGUGGCGAAGCCCCAUGACGAGCACGGGAUGCAGGAGGCGCCGUCCGACGCGCCCACCCUGCCGCCCAUCCCGACCUUCCCGAUCCUCGCGGACGAGGUGCCGAUGAAGGACGGCGUGGCCCUGCGGUACGAAGGCCAGUUCGACGACGAGGACGGCACCAAGAUCAGGCAGGCCCAUUCUGACAUGCGCGAGAAGAAGGAGACCGACUCCGAGAAGAAGAGCGACGAGGGCGAGGAGACGAUUCCCUUCGCCUUACUCGUCGCCCACACCACCCAGAGCGAGCCGAGGAACGACCUAGAGAACUACUGCCACACGCUGCGCCGCACCCUCACGCGGGCGAAGCUGCAGGUGAAGUUCAAGGAUGGCGACGAGGAAAAGAUCGAGCUCGCAGUCCAGGACGCCCUGCACAGCCUCGCGAAUAACUUGCUGGACACGCGGUCCGACUUCGAGGGCAAGCUGAAGGAGCUGGAGGGCAUGGUCGAAUGCAUCAAGGUGGCAGCCGACCCGUACGACUUCCUGGAGAUCAACGGCACAAUGCGGGUGAUGAAGAGCAUCGCCGAUCUGAGCGGGGCGGUGCAGCAGCACGAGGUGGGCGAGUUCGACGGCGCGGAGGGCACCCAGAUGCAGCAGGUACCCUUCGCCCACUUCACUGCCAACCACCGCCAGAGCGAGCCGAAGUACGGCCUCGAGAACUACUGCUUCAUGCUGCGCAACACCCUCCGGCGGGUGAAGUUGCAGGUGAAGUUCAAGGACGGCGACGAGGAGCAGAUCGAGAAGGUGGUCCAGGACACUCUCAACUGGCUCGCGGGGCGCUUGCUGGACAAGGGGUCCGACUUCGAGGGCAAGCAGAAGGAGCUGGAGAGCAUCGUCGACCGCAUCUCGGUCGCAGUCGACCUGAAGGACAUCCAGGAUAUGAGCGGCACACUCCAGCCAGUGGAGUACACGGACUCGAACUCCAGCGACUUGGAGGACGAGGAGGCCGACGAGGAGCAGUCCGUCGUGGACGACGGGAAGAAGGAGGCAGACGAGGACGACGCGGAGGAGAACGUGGAGGACGGCUCCGCCGACUCCGCGGCGGCACUUGAGAGCGCCUUCCUGGAGCAAAAGCGCCGCGCCGAGGUUGCGCGGAAGGAGUACGAGAGAGUGAAGACGGCCCUGGAGACCAGGGCGCGUGAGCUGAUGGCACCGUCGCUAGCAGGCUAGAGCCUCCUGUUGGCCCUGUGAUGGUGCACGUGGAAUGGCCCCCUGGCAGGGUCGGCGGAUCGGCAGGCCGCGCGCGGGGCGCGGCGUGUGGUUGGGUUAAAGACUCAGUGUGAGUCGGCGGAUUUUGCACUCCGAGGGGAGUCCAGGCUGCUUCUUCGCCUCCGCCCCGAGUGAUGCGGACACUCGAGGGGUCGUGAGGCCACCGAUUUCUCUGCUUCGACGUUCGUUGUCGUACGCCCUAGAGUCCUAGA